AUGACCGAUGGCGCUGGCGACAUACUGGCAGUGGCGGAGUUCAGAUCGUCGACCGUCUUCUCAAGUUUGGCGUCGGCGUUCUGCGCACCAGUGAGGUCAACGUCGGGACCCGCACCUAUGAUGUCGGCGUCCACCUCACCGCUGCUGAAGACGAAGCGCGGCGAUCUGCUCCUGCAUGUCUCCGAACCUCAUGUCGUGCGUCUGAAACUUCUCAUUCAUAUCACUGUGCACUCCAUGCACAUCCAAGGUCCGAAUAGCAAGCACAUUAGCAUGAGGAUGAACGCUGGCUCACCUCACCCAGCCUCGCAAGAAGCUGAUCCAACUUCGCAUCAAUAA